AAUAUUGGUAGAGUAUGUCGGCACAUAUCAUUAUCAAUUUAUCAUACUUGAUAUAGAAAGAAGAAUGGGGUGGUGGACUCAAGUAGGCCAUCAUCACCUUUUGGUUGUUUUGCCAAAAGUGUGAGGAUCUUAAAAUGAGUUUAUAUUGGCUCUAAAGACCUUUCUUUCCUCUUCUCCAUCUACAACUACUACACUGAACUACUAGAAACAACAAAUAAAUCCAUUAAAACAACAAAACAUUGCAAAUCCCAAUAAUUUUAUUGCUCAAGUGUAAGAAAAAUAGAAAAAAAAAGAAAAGAAAAAGGAUGGAUUUGCGUUCAUUUCUUACAUCUUUUGGAACUUCUUUCAUAAUAUUUGUGGUUUUGAUGUUUCUUUUCACUUGGCUCUCAAGGAAACCUGGUAACCAAGUUAUAUAUUACCCGAAUCGAAUUCUGAAGGGUAUGGAUCCUAGUUCGAAGACCCGUAACCCGAUUUAUUGGAUCAAAGAAGCUUUUUUUUCCUCAGAAGAUGAUAUUAUCUCAGCUUCUGGUGUUGAUACUGCAGUCUAUUUCGUCUUCCUUUCUACAGCUUUCAGACUGUUUGUUAUGGCUGGCAUUGUGCUACUUCCAAUUCUAUUGCCUGUUUCCGCCACUGAUCACAGUGUGAUCAAACAGAAUAAAAACGCUAAAAAUUCAACAUCAACCAAUUCAACUAUCAACGAGUUCAAUAAGUUCUCCAUGGAACGUAUUGGGCCAGGAAGUCCAAGGUUGUGGGCAUACAUGAUUGCUGUCUACUGGGUUUCUUUGGUUACGUAUUUCCUCCUAUGGAAGGCAUAUAAACAUGUUUCCGAAAUAAGGGCUACAGCUCUGAGGUCUUCUGAACCAAGAGCUGAGCAAUUUGCAAUUCUUGUUAGAGACAUACCUCAUGCGCGAGAAGGGGAGACCAAGAAGGAACAAGUUGAUUCAUAUUUCAAAGCCAUUUAUCCUGAUACAUUCUACAGGGCAAUGAUAGUAACAGACAAUAAGGAGGUUAACAAAAUCUGGGAGGAGUUAGAGAAAUAUAAGAAGAAAUUGCUGCGCGCUGAAACAAUUUAUGCAGAAUCCAAAUCAAUUGGUAGUCCUGAGGGAGUCAGACCGACAACUCGGACUGGCUUCCUCGGUCUUUAUGGAACCAAGGUUGAUAGCAUAGAGUAUUACACUGAAAAGAUUAAUGAAAUCACCCCAAAGUUAGAAGCAGAGCAAAAAAUCACCUUAAGAGAUCGUCAGCUUUCUUCUGCACUCGUAUUCUUUACGAGUAGAGUGGCUGCUGCUUCUGCUGCUCAGAGUUUACAUGCUCGAAUGGUUGACAGUUGGAUCGUAGUGGAUGCUCCUGAACCACGUCAAGUGAUUUGGACUAACCUUUCUCUCAAUUAUUAUUCCAGGACAAUACGCAAGUACGUUGUGUACACCAUUGUUUCAAUAACAAUACUCUUUUUCAUGAUUCCUAUCACUUUUAUAACUGCAUUUACGACAUUGGAGAAUCUCGAGAUGCUUCUGCCUUUCUUAAGACCCAUUAUCGAAAUAAAAUCUGUUCGGACAUUGCUGGAGGCUUUUCUUCCUCAACUUGUUCUUAUAAUAUUUUUGGCUUUGUUGCCAAUGUUAUUGAGAUAUCUGUCUAAAGCGGAAGGAAUUCCUUCCGAGAGUCAUGUAACGAGGGCUGCUUCUGGCAAAUAUUUCUACUUCACAGUUUUGAAUGUUUUUAUUGGACUGAGCCUUGGUGGAAGCCUAUUUUAUAAUAUCAAGCGAUUGAAGGGCAAACCGGAAGCUAUUAUUGAAGUACUUGCAGCGAGCAUUCCCUACAGCGCAACCUUCUUCUUGACAUAUGUGGCUCUCAGGUUUUUUGUAGGGUACGGCUUAGAGUUGUCCAGAGUGAUUUCGUUUGUCAUAUUCCAUUGCAAAAGGAAGUUUUUGUGCAAAACCGAAGCUGAUGUGAAAGAAGCAUGGGCUCCUGGAGAUUUUAGAUACGCGACAAGGUUUCCAAGUGACAUGCUUAUUCUAACUAUCACCCUCUGUUACUCUGUUAUUGCACCAUUGAUCAUUCCAUUUGGUGUUAUCUACUUCGGCAUGGGAUGGCUCGUCAUUAGGAAUCAAGCAUUGAAUGUGUAUGUUCCAUCAUGUGAGAGCUUUGGGAGGAUGUGGCCUCAUAUUCAUACAAGAUUUCUUUCGGCACUAGUCUUUUAUCAAGUUAUUAUGUUUGGUUACUUUGGAGUGAAGAAAUUCAUCUAUGCUUUCGCGAUCAUCCCACUUCUUUUGAUGUCCUUGAUCUUUGCAUACGUUUGUAACAAGAAAUUCUAUCGCUUCUUCCACCACAGAGCUCUUGAAGUUAUGUGCCAUGAGUUGAAGGAAACUCUCGACAUUGAUAGUGUGUACAGAUCAUACCUUCCUCCAAGUUUAAACUCUGAUAAGUUAGAUGAUGAUGAGUAUGAAAUUGUUUGAUCUUGCAAAUGGUGUUUUUUGCAAUGGAUGUACACUAAUGUUAUUUUAUACUAAUACAUUCUAUUGUAAAUAUAUUUUUUGUGUUUUGCAAAGGAUGUACGGUGUAGGCCAUAAAAGAAUGAGGUUGUCCCUAUUAGAUCAACAAAAUUUGUCAA